GGCACAACUCUGCCAUUCUGCGGCCACGUGGCAGGGCAGAACUGGCACUGCCAGGCAGCUCCACUGACAGAACUCAGUAUACAGCACCAUGUGGUCUGAGAUCGCGUGAUUCUGCCAUCUGCCAUACUGGCAUUGUCAUUGUCACUAUGCAACCCUGCCACAAGCGGUCAAAUAAAGAACGAUAUCAUCUUGUGUCCAUAUGAUUGAUUGGACUUGGCCGAGUGCUCCUAUUGGUCUUUUGCAGCGUUCGAACGUUCCGUGCGAGUCAUUGUUUUGUGGUUUCAUCAACAACUUCCACUUCGGCAAUAUCAUAUCGUAUAAGCGCUAGAUGGUGGUAUAUGAUCCAGCACGAAUACGAUCGUUUCUCAGAUGAUCCCAGUUGGUGGCCCACCAUCAAUGUGAAUCUUAUUUUUGGCUAUUUCGCAGUUGUUGGCUGUGUUGGGAUAAUAUAUGAUUGGGCACUUACGUUCGGACAAGAGGUUGAACUGAUCUGGAGGCAACGCUGGUCCCUGAUGACCUUCCUCUUUCUUAGUGUGCGCUAUGUUGGAAUAGGAUAUGCUCUGAUCAACAUGUUGGUCACUCUGCCCACAAUUUCAAUGACAGAUGCAGUGAGUAUCAUCAUAGUUGACACACUUGAUUGGACGAGGGAGGUUGUAGAUGCAAUACUGGGUGUCAUCGUAAUUGCUCGGUUACAUGCCAUGUAUCAGCGAUCUCGAAAGGUGCUGAUAUGUCUCGUUGUCAUCUUUGUGGCCAUCAGAAUCACCAACACAGUGAUCCUCGCAAUGGCGAUGAUGCAGAUUUCAGGGGAGGAACUCGUUCUCUCCGGUACCUAUCAGUGCCAGUUUAACUAUGCGGGUGAUUUCCUACUUCUGGAUUCUAUGAUUUGGAUACUUGCCACCGUAUGGGAGGUCCUUGCACUGUGUCUCGCGGUCUGGAUUGCUAUAAAGCACUUCCGUGAACUACGACAAUACUCAACAAGUGGUAUCAUUGGGGACUGCUUCACAGUAUUAAUGAAAACUCACAUGAGUUACUUUGUGAGCUUCGUUGCAGUUUCUUGUUUCGAAAUCAGUUAUUUGUCUCCAACGCUCUCCGCGGACGCAGACCUCUUGGAAUCCCAAAUUUACUCUGGUUUCACUCAAUUCUUCGUAUUUCGAAUCGUGCAGAUGUUCGUGCUGGGACCGCGCCUCAUCCUCAGUAUUCGAGAAUAUCACGCCAAGCUCGUGGCAACCUCUGAUUCAGCAACCACUAUGGGUUCGAUUGCUUUUCAGGAGCGUGUCCAUGUGUCAACCAGCAGUGGCGUGUAGCGCGGGAGAUGCUUGACAUGAUUGAUUUGCGAUGGGCGGGUAGUGUGCAGGGAGCCGGAGAAUUUCUUUUUAUCUAUUCCAGGUUUUGUUGUACUUAUUGUGGCUAAUUUUUCGAAGAAGUCUUGUGCUUCUUAAACAUC